GACUUGUGAGUGCACUUUCCACAAAAUGAAAACAACAUCGAUAAAUGAAUUGAUGAUAAUGUCUUUGCCUCUUUGGCUUCCAAUGGUUGAUGCCCCUACUAGAAGAGCAACAGACUUAUCAUACCACAACAUAAAUUACAAAUGCAGGUGCUCUCAAUUUCAGGUUGUUGCACCAUUCCUUCUUCCCCAACAACCAAUGUCACCAAAUGCCUUAGUCGCAGAGACCUUUUCUUCGAUGGGGUCUCCUCCAUUUGUUCUUCUUCUUCCCAAAGAAUUGAUGAUUGCGGAAGUAAUAAUUUAGUUGAUGAUGAAAUUCGGUCAAAUUUUCCCUUUUCAACUAGGCGGGCUUUGAUUCGGAGUUUGGGGUUUUGUUCUUGUUAUUAUCUUUCUACCUAUUUUCCAGCUUUUGCACUAGGGGAUCCAUCUGUCACAAUUGAAGAAGUAACACCUUCAGUUUCCCCUUCUGGGCCUCUAUUACCCGCUGAGGAAAGAGUUGUUCAGCUAUUUGAGAAGAAUACGUACUCUGUGGUGAACAUCUUUGAUGUAACAUUGCGUCCCCAGCUCAAUAUUACAGGUGUGGUUGAGGUUCCUGAAGGAAACGGUUCAGGAGUAGUUUGGGAUGGACAGGGCCACAUUGUCACGAACUAUCAUGUGAUAGGUAACUCGCUUUCAAAUAAUCCUAGCCCAGGACAAGUUGUUGCACGUGUUAAUGUCUUAGCUUCUGAUGGGGUUCAAAAGAGCUUUGAGGGUAGGUUAAUCGGAGCUGAUCGUGCAAAGGAUCUUGCUGUCUUGAAGGUAGAAGCAGCUGCAGAUCUGUUGAAACCCAUCAAUGUGGGGCCAUCAUCCUCCCUUAAAGUUGGCCAACAGUGUUUGGCAAUUGGAAAUCCUUUUGGUUUUGAUCACACACUCACUGUUGGUGUUAUAAGUGGAUUAAAUCGUGAUAUCUUUAGUCAGACAGGAGUUACAAUUGGUGGAGCCAUCCAAACAGAUGCAGCAAUUAAUCCUGGGAAUAGUGGAGGACCUCUGCUAGAUUCAAAGGGCAAUUUGAUUGGGAUUAAUACAGCUAUAUUUACUCAGACUGGUACAUCAGCUGGGGUGGGGUUUGCUAUUCCUUCUUCAACUCUACUCAAGAUAAUACCUCAGUUAAUUCAGCUUGGCAAAGUUGUUCGAGCUGGUCUAAACAUUGAGAUUGCUCCAGAUUUGGUAGCAAGUCAGCUAAACGUUCGGAAUGGAGCUCUUGUGUUGCAGGUUCCGGUGAACAGUAUAGCAGCAAAGGCAGGACUACGUCCCACCACAAGGGGCUUUGCUGGGAAAAUUAUUCUGGGAGAUAUAAUUGCUGCGGUGGACAAUAAGCCUGUAAGAAGUAAAGCUGAUUUAGUGAGAGUACUUGAUGACUACAAUAUUGGAGAUGAAGUGAUCUUGAAGAUUGUAAGGGAUAGUGAAACCUUAGAGGUACCACUUAAAUUGGAGGAAACAAACUCCUGAAUAAGUUAAUAUUCCUUUUUUUUUUCUUUUCUUUGUUUUCUUAUAGCAUUGUGAGUUUAGAUUGAGUUGUAAACCUUAUAAUCAAAUAAUGUAAAUUAUAUGAAUCUAUUGAUAGUUCCUCUGUUUUCUUUCUUUUUGCAAGACCGUAAUUAUUGUAGCGAAUUUUAAUUUUUGAUAUUUACGAAUAAUACAUUUGGGCAAUUUGACCUAUAGAAAUUACAUGGAGGCUGCCCGAGUUUCUCAUUUUGUGAAACAAUGCUCAUUUAUCAAGGGACUAAAAGUGCAAUAUUAUAGGUGAGACAGUAUAAUUGCUAAUUUGGGUAUUUGGUAUAAUUAGUACCGGUGUUGGGGUAAAUAUGCUAAUUCAAGUAGCAGUUGUAUAUCGAUAAACAGUGCAAAUAGUUGCUUUACUUUACAACUUUGUCAUUUGAGAAACAUAUUUGUUUAUCAAUAAGAGAAAAUAGGGCUAACUGGCUAAGGGCCUUAAGAAGAGAGAGAUGUAAAACCGUAUAAUCACAUUGGAUGAGUUAGAAAGAACGGAAGUAUCUUGCUAAAUUUGGAAAAAAAAAAUCAACAGCAAUUUACUCGUGGCAAAAGUAACGAAUGUCUUUGAGGCGUUGGAUAAGUUAACUAAAAGUAGAAAGAUUAAAUUAAACUGAACAUAUUCAUUAUAUAUUAGGAAAAAUGGAACUUAUAUAUAUUAGGGAAAAUGGAAUAUAUUUUAAACGGCUAUUUCACCAAAUGCCACUGAGCACUUUAAAAAUUCACCAAAUGCCAUCAGAAUUUUCAGAAUUCACCAUAUGCCACCCAGUUUUAUAAAAAUUCGCCGAGUGUCAUUGAUGACCCACGGCCGUUAACUCCGUUAGUCAUUAGGGUUAAUCAUGACACAUGUCAUGAUAUAAUUGGUCCAUUUAUCUUAAUUCAUAAAAAUUAAAACAAAAA